AUGGUUUACUUGGGAGGAGAGAAAGUUUUCCGCGGAAGUAAGGAACAAGCUGCAUAUGACAAGUCAUUUGCCGGAAAAUACCAGAAGUUGUUGAAGAAAAACCAUUUUUUUUACUUUGGUUUACCAUUUAUGCUUUCGAUAGUGGCCGGUUCCAUCUAUCUACAGAAAUUUACUAGUGUGAAAUGGGAGAAGUAUGACGAAAAGUAUCGCCAGUUGAAUGAAGAGGAAAUGUUGUCAAUGAUUGAGAACAAGCGUGAAUUUGACAAGAAGAAGGAUUUCUACAGAUUACAAGGGUUUUCCAACGACGACUACGAGAUUGUCAGGGUGAAGAGAAAGAAGGAAGAUGAGCCAGUAUGGUAA